AUGGCUGAGCACGCCGGGCAACCACACGACGCCUCCGCCGCAGAACCAGGGGCCUACUCGCCCAAGCCCUCGCUCCAGUACGCGUCCGCCGUCGCCCUCCAGGCCGCUGGCAUCGGCGCCUUCGUCAGUGCCGUGCAAAAUGCGCUCGGGUCGCAUACGCGCGGUGCGUUGGGGUUCUUGACGAGGAGUGGAGGAACCAUCGGCGUGUUCGCUGCUAUGGGUGCGACGUUCGCCUUCACUGAAGCUGCGGUCGCAAACACUAGAGAGAAGGAUGAUGCUUUGAACGGGGCGGCAGGUGCUUGCGCUGCCGGAUUCUUGGCUGGAAUCCGAGCACGAUCACUGCCAAUGGCUGUAGCCUCAUGUGCUGUCAUGGGUGCGGCAAUGGGCACCUUUGACUACGGAGGAAAGAGCCUGUAUGGCAUCCCCGAGACGCAAGAAGAGCGUCGGAGACGCUUCUUCAAGCAACCACCAACCAUCCCCAAGCUGGCGACAGCAUCAGAAGAGUAG